AAGAUAUAUCUUCCGCUUUAGUUGAUGGAAAUCUAGAAUAAAAGACGCUGUUUUCGAGCAUCUAAUGUCUCUUUCUUUCCCAACUUUUCUUUUCAUCAAACCUUCGUAAAGAAGGAAGAGGCAGUAGCCGAGCCUCCGUGGUUCGAAGGGUACGCACCUCUCUCUCCUCUGUCAUUCGUCUCUCUACCGCUCCUGCUCCGCCGGUGAACUUAAUAGCCAAACCAGCACCGGGGGAGAAGUUCAAUCUUUGUUAAGAAGACCAACUUGCAUUUUCCAUGGUUAUGUUCACUAAAACCCGGUUUAGUCGAUGAGAUUAGGUGCUUUGAUUCCGAAGGAGGUAUUGGUCUGAUCAAGUUCGACUGCAACCGAAUAAUCUCUGUACUGGCUCUUAAUUAUUAAGCUCAUCAAGUGGUUUCUAUUUGCCUAUUGGGAACCAACUACCAGUUUGUUCUGGCAGGGUUGAUGUGUGCCUCUAAGUGAGCUCUGUAUCCUAAAACUUUUUCUUGGGUUCCCCAAAUGGGCUUUAUGCUGGUCUUUGUUUUCUCUCUCUUUCUCCUAGUUUUAUAGAUAAAGGAAGCACAAGGUCGUUUCAUUGGGAAGUGAAAUCAGAGGGAGUUCAACUGUAUUAGAGUUGGAGCCAAAGGAUCCAAAAGUGAAGAGGGAAGGGGUUCACAUCUUAUGUCCACUGUCAUAGACAAGUUGUGUAAAAUAAUGAAGAACAGUCUAUUAAAUGCUUUUUCUGUGCUUGCAUUGGAUGUUGAAGAUGAUAAAGAGGAGACGGACCUUGCUUCUGCUGUAAAAGGUGGAGAAAGUGCUUCAAGAAUAGACAAGGGUAAGAACACAAGAACCAGUUCAGGAGAUGUGCAACAAGUAAAAAAUAGUAAUUGGGAUCAGCAAGGACCAGGGGCUUCAGAAGAGUACAAGAUGCCGCUUGUGUGGAUUGACUUGGAAAUGACUGGUUUAGAUGUAAAAGUAGAUAGAAUCCUGGAGAUUGCUUGUGUGAUCACAGAUGGAAAUUUGAUUAAAUCUGUGGAGGGUCCUGAUUUGGUUAUCCAUCAGAGUAAGGAGUGUUUGGAGAAUAUGGGAGAAUGGUGUCAACAUCAUCAUGCAGCAAGUGGGUUGACAGAGAAAGUUCUUCAGAGUACACUCAGUGAGCGAGAAGCUGAAAUGCAGGUUAUAAAUUUUGUGAAACAACAUAUUGGCACAUAUAAACCUCAUAUAGCUGGAAAUUCAGUUUAUGUGGAUCUUAUGUUUUUGAAGAAGUAUAUGCCAGAGUUGGCUAGUAUAUUCUCUCAUGUACUUGUUGAUGUUAGCAGUAUAAAAGCUUUAUGCAUCCGCUGGUACCCAAGGGAUAAAAAAAAAGCUCCUUCCAAGGAAAGCAAGCAUAGAGCCAUGGAUGAUAUCAAAGAAAGCAUUAAGGAGCUCAAAUAUUACAAGGAGAACAUAUUUAAAGUGUCCAAGUCUAAGAAGUGAGGCAAACAUUAUAGUGCAGAUCAUGGAUAAGAGGAUGGAGAUGAUUCUGGUUUCAAGCAAUUGCCUCCCAUCAUCCUUGUCUACUUGCGAAUGGUAGAUCCUUUCUUAUCUUCAAAUGAUUGGCUUUGAGAAGUCUAUUUUUUUUUUUUAGCUGCAGCCUGUUAAUGUUUGGUUCUUUAACCGCAUGUCAGUAUUAAGAUACAAUAUUGGCUUGUCUUAUAUAAACUGUCACACUCAAGGUCUUUGGUUGAACCCAAAAUCCAAUAUCAUCUUUUAUCUUUGAUGCUUGCUUGCA